GACGCCGUUACAUUUGAUGGAAAAUUCACUAUUCCCCGUCAUCUUGUUGCAGAAGCCUACCAGGUAGAUUACCCCAAAGGAUACCUAGCUCCUGCAAAUGCCAGGCUAGGUAUGGGUGAUUUCGGUAGUAUCGAUUGGAGCAAGACAAAAUACAACUUUGACAUAUCCGAUGUUGCGCCUAUCCCCAAUCCAUUUUCAGGGGUUUUUAGAAGCAAACGUGCAUCCGGAGAUAGCCGCUAUUCUGUCGGGGCUGCCUCGUCCGGAUCUUCCGGUUUUCGUAAGCGAGGACCUCUUAUUGAUAGCGUUUUAUCAUCAUCCUUUUUCAUCCUUGGUGUCGACAAAUCAUUUUAUAAAGGUCCUGUAUAUGAAUUACCAUUGAUCCCGCUUAUGGGAUUCCGAUCGCCAUUUUGGAAGAUACCGGUUACAGGGUUUCAGUUUCUCAACAUGAAUGCAACUUAUCAAAGUAACCCUCAGUUUUCUUUUCCAUCUGGGGCAUACGGCAAAAUCGACUCAAGUAGUCCAGUUUUAACUGUGCCUUCAGCCACUGCAGAUAAAAUGAACAGCGCUCUCGGUGCUGUUUACAAUGCUAAUCUCAAUGUCUAUACCAUACCUUGUUCCUUUUAUGAGACAGCCCCAUGGUUAACAAUACAAUUCGGGAUAGGUGUAAAAGCACACAUUCCCCCGAGUCAGUACAUAUAUAAGUUUGAAGGUGCCAAUGGUGGCUGUUACACUGCCAUAGCUGGUGGAUCAGACAGUCAAAACGUAUACCUCGGGGGUCCAUUUUUCAGAUCUUUCUAUUUGAUUUUUCAUUACAGCGGUUUUAACGUCGGAAUUGCUGAAAGUUUAUCUAAUGAAUCUGGAAGAUUGACUGUGGAUACAAAUGGAGGAGGUCCUGUCCCUAAAAUUUUAAAUUAGAUAAUUUUUAUUAAAGAUUAAAUAGU